CAAAAAUGACGGAAAAAAUAGACACCAGGGUUAUACAAGUGACAAAUGUCGCUCCAACUGCUACGAGAGAACAAAUGAAAACAUUAUUCAGUUAUAUAGGCCGUGUUCGUGACAUAAAAUUAUAUCCACCAGAGACAUCUGAAGUAGAAGUUUCAGCUAGAGUGUGCUAUGUUGAAUUUGAUGAUACUACAUCAGUUGGAGUGGCAUUACAUUUGUCUAACAUUGUCUUUAUUGAUAGAGCUAUUAUUGCUGUGCCAGUCAUGGAUGGUAAAAUACCAGAUGAAAAUACUGCUUUACAGUUAACACCACAAGCUGUAGCUGGUAUGUUACCAGGUGCUCCUACAUGGCCAAGUAAUGUUGUUUCUAGAAAAGUAGGAUCGGGUAGUAAACAAAUGAUAACAACAUACGAUCCACGAUUAGUAGCAUUAGGUCUACCACAAUAUCCUCCAUUACCAGCCUCUAUAGACCCCAGUAAAACACAAGAAAUACGAAGAACAGUCUAUGUUGGAAAUUUAGAAGCUGCAGUUCUUCCAGAACAACUGUUGAGUUUCUUUUCACAAGUGGGAGAAGUAAAGUAUAUAAGAAUGGCAGGGGGUGAAAGUUCAUCUAUUCGCUAUGCUUUUGUUGAAUUCUCAGAUCAAAGAGCUGUAGCGACUGCACUAACAUACAAUGGAGUGAUGUUCCAGGGAAGACCAAUUCAAGUUUCUCAUUCUACAGCUGCUAUUAUAAAACCCCAGUCAAAGUCAGCAAAAGAAUCACAGAGAGAAAUAGAAGAAGCUAUGAAAAAAGUGAAAGAAGCCCAUUCAUUGAUUGCAGCUGCAGCAGAUUCAAGGAGAAGCCGAUCUUCAUCUCGUACAAGGACAAGGAGACGAUCUAGAAGCAGAUCUAAAGGUCGAAGUCGUUCACGCUCAAGGAGACGAUCUCGGUCUAGAUCAAAACGUUCUAGAUCCCGCUCUAAAAGAGGUACGUCAAGAUCAAAGAGAGGAUCGUCUAGAUCAAGACGCAGGUCAAGGUCAAGACGUAGAUCAAGGUCUAAAUCAAGAUCUCGCCGGCGCCGAUCACAUUCCAGAUCAAGAAGGAAUGGUUUUGAUAAAACAAGAAUAACUGUAUUGUCUGAUACCAAAAACAAUGUGUCACGGAGAUCACGAAGCCGGGACAGAAGAAAGUCAAAAUCAAGGUCACGUACCAGAUCUAAACGUUCAAGAUCCAGGUCAAGGAAAAGAUCAAAAACUCCUCCUAAAGCAUUUGCUUCGAAGAUCAGACGAUCUCGUUCCAGGUCCAGGAGUCGUAAAAGAAGUAGAUCAACAAGUCGGGAUAGAAGUAAAGAUAAGAAGAAAUCAAUAUCCCCUUCUCCUUCACCUCCAAAAUUAAUAAAAGAAGGUUCCCUAUCGCCUAAAGCUUCCUCGGAAAACGGUAACCAACAAGAUACUGAGGCUCCAUCACUUGCAUUUAUCAGUACUGAAAUACCCAUUCUACAGGAGAAAAAACUAGCAAGAUCAUCACAUAGUAGAAGUCCUUCACCAAUCAAGAAACGGUCUCCAAGUUUGAGCCCAAAGCGUCGUAGCCCAAGCAGAUCACCCAUAAGAGCAAGCCCUAAGCGGAGACGAUCAAAAUCUCCAAAAAAAUCCAAGAAAAGUAGAAGAUCAAGUCGAUCUAGAUCUAGAAGUGGUUCUCGACACAGGAGUAAAAAAGAAAAGAAGAAGGAUAGAGAUCGUAGUAAAAGUAGGGAGAGAAGUAAAAAAAAGAAAGUUGAUAAAGAAAGAGAAAGGGAAAGAGAUCGUGAGGAAAAGUCCUCAAAAGAUCUAAAAGUUGUACGAGAUUAUGAUGAAGAAGAGAAAGGCUACAGUAGUGGGGGAGAACGAGAUAGACUAUUAGCUUUAAUACCUCCACCCCCUGCACCUAUAAUGAUACCUCCACCCCUUCCCUCGACCAUAAAUUUAGAUGAAGACAACAAACAAGAGGUUGACAUGGAAAUGAGUGAUUAGAUUUCUUUAAAAGUUGAUCAGUAUUUGGCAAUUUAUUCCAAGCUUGCAGAUAUUUGUCUGGUUCAUUUUCUAGAGCACUGAACCUUCAUUCAGUUUGACUGCUCUGUGGCACUUUACAAAGAAUAUAACAUAGACAACAAGCACAAGUAAAAUAAAAUUAUAGACAUACACAAACUUGACGUUUGAACACACUGUAUUGUUGGAUAAUCUUUGAUACUAAUUAAUUUGAAUAGUUUAAUUCUACAGCCAGGUUACAUGUCACUAAAUUAGGUCUUAUUGUAGAUAUAACAGUAUAUGCUUUGUAUACAGUAGUGAAGCUUGGUGUUAGAUUUUAAAAUACAUGUAUUAUUAAUUAAGCUGAUCACCAUCUUAUUGUUGAGUGUUAAUCUGCCAUUUUUUUACAUUUUAAAUGUUAACAUUAGUAAUAUUCUAUUAGAGAUUGAUAACUUCAUAUCCAUUCUAAUCAUAUUUAUCAUGUUUGUAAUAAUAAUAAACUUUCACAUAUAAUUAUGGUGAUUGGAAUUGUAUAACUAACAAGUCCAUCAAAAAUAACAUGUGUAUAUUACUGUCCAGAGUUGUUUUCUGCUCUAUGGUUUCUGCAAUUUUAUUUGUGAAUAUUGGUUGACAUAUACCUAAUAAAAAUUUGGACUUGCUAUCAUCAAUUUGAGGUUUAGUUUUAGUCAUCUAAUAGUGAAACUCAUUGUAUCAAUCAUUGUGGAAAUAAAUUAAAAAUCUGAA